GCUGAAGAUGGCGGCUCGAGGUUUUCAAACAAUGAGCGCGGGGCCCGGGGCGCCGCCCCCCGUCAGGGUGGCCCCCAGUCAGCAGCAGGGGCUGUACCGGCCCGCGCCCCCCGGCCAGGGCUACCCGCGCCCAGGGAUGCCCCCAGGCAGCAGGAUGCCACCUCAGGGGGCUUCCAUGGGACCCCCGGGCCCUUCUUACGGCGGUAGCCCAGCGGUACGGCCCGGCAUGCCUCAAUCCAUGAUGGACCAGUCUCGCAAGCGGCCGGCGCCUCAGCAGAUACAACAAGCGCAGCAGCAAGCAGCUCAGAACCGCAACCACAACGCCAAGAAAAAGAAGAUGGCAGACAAAAUUCUACCUCAGAGGAUUCGGGAGUUGGUACCGGAAUCCCAGGCCUACAUGGAUCUGCUAGCGUUCGAGAGGAAGUUGGAUCAGACUAUAAUGAGGAAACGGCUGGACAUUCAGGAAGCACUGAAGCGUCCAAUAAAGCAAAAGCGAAAGCUUCGAAUAUUUAUUUCCAACACGUUCAACCCCCCGAAAGCGGACGCAGAGGACGGGGAAGGAACUGUGGCCUCGUGGGAGCUCCGUGUGGAAGGGAGGCUUCUGGAAGAUUCGGCUGUAUCGAAGUACGAUGCCACAAAACAGAAGCGGAAAUUUUCCUCCUUCUUCAAAUCGCUCGUGAUCGAGUUGGACAAAGACCUCUAUGGACCUGACAACCACCUGGUUGAGUGGCACAGGACAGCCACAACCCAGGAGACCGAUGGUUUCCAGGUGAAGAGACCGGGUGAUGUGAAUGUCCGCUGCACAGUGUUGCUGAUGCUGGAUUACCAGCCGCCCCAGUUUAAGUUGGAUCCACGACUGGCCCGGCUGCUGGGUAUCCACACUCAGACCAGGCCCGUCAUCAUCCAGGCCCUGUGGCAGUACAUCAAAACUCACAAACUGCAGGAUCCGCAUGAGCGCGAGUUUAUCAACUGUGACAAAUACCUUCAGCAGAUCUUUGAGUGCCAGCGAAUGAAGUUCUCGGAAAUACCGCAAAGGCUCCAUGCCCUGCUGAUGCCUCCAGAGCCCAUCAUCAUCAACCACGUGAUCAGCGUGGACCCUAACGACCAGAAGAAAACCGCUUGCUAUGACAUAGAUGUGGAGGUGGACGACACUCUAAAGACCCAAAUGAAUUCCUUUCUCCUCUCUACCGCCAGCCAGCAGGAAAUCGCUGCUCUGGAUAACAAGAUCCAUGAGACCAUCGAGACCAUCAACCAGCUGAAGACCCAGAGAGAGUUUAUGCUGAGCUUCGCUAGGGACCCCCAAGGCUUCAUCAACGACUGGCUGCAAUCCCAGUGCCGGGAUCUCAAGUCCAUGACGGAUGUGGUGGGAAACCCAGAGGAGGAGCGAAGGGCAGAGUUCUACUUCCAGCCCUGGGCCCAGGAGGCUGUGUGCAGAUACUUCUAUUCCAAGGUGCAGCAGAGGAGGCAGGAGUUGGAGCAAGCGCUAGGGAUACGCAACACCUAAGAGCGUCUCUGGCACUCGCUCGCCCUCUCUCGCUCGCUCAGCCCUCCCCCCC